UACUUCCUGCCGCUUAACAACCUCCCCUCCGUAAAAUUCAUAUAAAUUCAUACUUGCUGCCCUUUGAUUCCCAGCUUCCGAUCCCCAUCGCAAUCAAUUCUACAAUCUUUUUACCCCUUUCUAAUAAAAUUUCAUUCUUAUAUAUAUAAAAGAAUACAGUUUUUGUCUACAAAAUUUCCCAUCUUUUUCUUCUUUCCAAUCCUCCGCGAGCGAAUUCCGAAUCGACGGAAGGCAAUUUUAACCAUGGUGGAAACAAGACGCAGUUCGUCUUCCUCGAAACGCACGCUUUCAUCGCCAUGUUCUUCCCCAAUUCCUACAGGGAAAAGAUCCAAGGCGGCGGAGGCGGCAUCUUCUUCCACUACAGGCACGCCGGUGGAGCCCAUUGAGGCGGUGGUGAAGGAAUCUGGUGGAUGUGAGUCUCAAGAACAGGAGGUCCGAUCGUCUGAUCCGUCGAAGAAAGAUUCCGAUGGUUGUGAUGAAGUCGCUGGUGUUGAUGUACCGGAAAAGUCUCCCGUGGGUCAGGUGGAAGGGCAGCCGUUAGUUUCCCCUAUGUCUCUAGGUGAUUCGUUAAUUGAUGUAGAGAAGACCAAAGCUAAUGGUGGUUCAACUGUUUUGAAUCGUACUAAGAAAAGACAGUCGAAAUCUAAUGUUGGUGUUGCGUGGGGGAAGCUUCUUUCACAGUGUUCUCAGAAUCCUCAUGUUGUUAUGGAUCGUUCCAUUUUCACCGUUGGUCAAGGCCGCCAAUGCGACUUGUGUCUUGGUGAUACAUCCAUCAGUAAAUCGUUGUGUAGCUUGAGGCACAUAGAGUCACAGCAAGGAGGUGCUUCAAUCACUUUACUCGAAAUCACCGGGGGCAAGGGCGCUGUUAAAGUGAAUGGCAAGGUGUGCCCUAAAAGGUCUACCUUACCACUUAGAGCUGGAGAUGAAGUUAUUUUUAGCUCUUCAGGACGGCAUGCUUACAUAUUUCAGCAGCUAUCGAAUGAUAAUGUUGGCGCUGAUGUGGCACCUUCAGUAAGCAUCUUAGAGGCACACAGUGGUUCAUUAAAAGGAUUACAGUUUGAAGCGAGAUCUAGAGACUCAUCUGCAGUUGCAGGAGCAUCGAUAUUAGCAUCGUUAUCUAACAUUCAGAAAGAGUUAUCUCUUCUUCCCCCACCUUCUCGUAAAGGAAAAGGGUUACAAACUGGAAUGCCAACUCUACCUUCUGCUUGUGAAGUACCUGAUAAUCGUGUAGCUGAUAUUGACAUGAAGGAUGCUUCUGAUCCUAAUGAUAGCGGUGGUGUACCUUCGUGUGAGAAAGCCGUUGUUACGCCUGAUGCUGUUAAUGAAAAUGUUGACGGUGUUUCAGUUGAUGCAGAAAUGGGGAACGUCCCUGCAGCAACUCAUGAGUUACGACCGUUAUUGCGUAUGCUUGCAGGAUCAUCUGCCUCUGAGUUUGACAUUUUGAAAAUUCUUGAUGAGCGGAGAGAAAUUAGAGAACUGCUUAAGGACAUUGAUCCUCCGAUCUCAUUAGCAGCACGACGUCAAGCAUAUAAAGAUAGCUUACAACAAGGAAUUCUCGAGCCCGAUGCAAUUGAAGUUACAUUUAAAGAUUUCCCAUAUUAUUUAAGUGAAACCACAAAAAGUGUGCUGAUUGCUUCCACAUAUAUACAUCUGAAACGUAACGAGUUUGUGAAGUAUGCCUCAGAUCUGCCCACUUUGUGCCCAAGAAUACUCUUAGCCGGUCCAGCAGGUUCAGAAAUAUACCAGGAAACCUUGACAAAGGCUCUUGCAAAACAUUUUGGUGCUAGGCUGCUCGUUGUUGAUUCUCUAUUGUUACCCGGUGGAUCAGCUGCUAAAGAAACCGACACUUCACUAAAGGAGAGCGCUAGGCCUGAAAGAGCAAGUGUAUUUGCUAAACGUGCUCCACAAACAGGGGUUAUGCACUCUAAGAAACCAACAUCAAGCGUCGAGGCUGAUAUAAUCGGUGGAUCUACCACAUGCUCUCAAGCUCAGCCAAAACAAGAGGCAUCUACUGCAUCAUCCAAAAGCUACACUUUCAAGAAAGGUGAUAGAGUUAAAUAUGUGGGUUCGUUGCCAUCUGGCUUUUCUCCUUUGCAGACUCCCUUGAGGGGCCCCACGUAUGGUUAUAAGGGCAAAGUCCUACUUCCAUUUGAAGAGAAUGGCUCUUCCAAGAUUGGAGUUAGAUUCGAUAGGUCAGUUCAAGAAGGCAAUGAUCUUGGAGGAAUUUGUGAGGAAGAUCAUGGCUUUUUCUGUUCAGCUGAUUCACUUCGUCUUGAUUCUUCGAGUGCUGAUGACAUUGAGAAGCUUGCAAUUAACGAACUUUUUGAGGUUGCUGUUAAAGAAAGUAAAAGCAGUUCAUUGCUUUUGUUUGUGAAAGAUAUCGAGAAAUCGAUGCUUGGAAAUCCCGAGGCCUAUGCUUCUUUCAAGAGUAAGCUCGAGAACGUACCUGGGAAUGUGGUUGUCAUUGCAUCACACACUCAGAUGGACAGCCGAAAGGAGAAAUCUCAUCCUGGUGGAUUACUAUUCACGAAGUUUGGGAGCAAUCAAACGACAUUGCUUGACUUGGCUUUCCCGGAUAGUUUUGGUAGACUACAUGAUAGAAGCAAAGAAACCCCCAAGACGAUGAAGCAACUCACUCGUCUUUUUCCUAACAAAGUGACCAUACAGAUUCCUCAAGACGAGUUGCUACUUUCCGACUGGAAGCAACAACUGGAUCGCGAUAUAGAGACCUUGAAAUCACAGUCAAACAUUAUCAGCAUCCGUUCAGUUCUGAACCGAGUCCGACUUGAAAGCUCCAACCUUGAUACACUCUGCAUAAAAGAUCAAACUUUGACGAAUGAAAGUGUGGAGAAAGUUAUUGGAUGGGCUUUGAGUCAUCACUUUAUGCAGAGUUCUGAAGCUUCUGUAAAGGAUGCUAAACCUGUGAUUUCUAACGAAAGUCUCGAGUAUGGGAUCAACAUACUACAAGGUACUCAAAACGAGACUAAAAGUUCUAAGAAGACACUGAAGGACGUGGUUACCGAAAACGAAUUUGAAAAGAGACUUAUUGCUGAAGUUAUCCCGCCUAGUGACAUUGGUGUUACCUUUGAUGACAUCGGAGCUCUAGAAUCCGUGAAGGACACUUUAAAAGAAUUGGUGAUGCUUCCUCUUCAGAGGCCUGAAUUGUUUUGUAAAGGGCAGUUAACGAAGCCUUGUAAGGGAAUCUUGCUCUUUGGACCACCGGGUACGGGUAAAACAAUGCUUGCAAAAGCUGUUGCAACUGAGGCGGGUGCAAAUUUUAUCAACAUAUCGAUGUCAAGUAUCACUUCAAAGUGGUUUGGCGAAGGAGAGAAGUAUGUGAAAGCGGUUUUUAGCCUUGCUAGUAAAAUAUCGCCAAGUAUUGUUUUUGUCGACGAGGUCGAUAGCAUGUUGGGAAGACGGGAAAACCCCGGUGAGCAUGAAGCAAUGCGUAAAAUGAAAAACGAGUUUAUGGUGAAUUGGGAUGGUUUACGUACAAAAGAUAGAGAACGUGUACUUGUACUCGGUGCAACCAAUAGGCCUUUUGAUCUUGAUGAAGCGGUGAUCAGGCGACUACCUCGUAGGUUGAUGGUAAAUUUACCCGAUGCCGCAAACAGGGAGAAAAUCUUGAGAGUGAUAUUGGCAAAAGAGGAAUUGGCACCUGAUAUGGAUCUUGAAGCAGUGGCUAAUAUGACUGAUGGCUAUUCUGGAAGUGAUUUGAAGAAUCUUUGCGUGACGGCUGCACACUGUCCAAUUAGAGAAAUUUUGGAGAAGGAAAAGAAGGAGCAAGCGUUGGCAUUGGCGGAAAAUAGACCAGUACCUGCUUUGCAUAACAGUGCGGACGUUCGUCCUCUAAAUUUGGACGAUUUUAAGUAUGCACAUGAUCAGGUAUGUGCAAGUGUAUCAUCGGAGUCCGCAAAUAUGAACGAGCUUCUGCAAUGGAAUGAACUAUAUGGGGAAGGCGGAUCCCGGAAGAAAAAACUCCUCAGUUAUUUCAUGUAGACGAUGAUUUCAAGUGUAUAGCCGUGCCUUUUUUUUUAACGACUAGUUUGAGAUAAAAGACUUAGUUUUCUUUUUCCGUCAUAAAAUCCAAUCUAUAGGACCUGUAUCAAUGGAAAUUCCGUUGCAGGAAGAGUUUUUUUUUUUCCGUUUCGCCCCCGUCCCCGAGUCUACGCCCCCAUGUGUAUUAUAUAUUUAGUUUAUGGCUGCUUUUGAGUCGAAUUAUUUCGCCAUUCUUAAUCGCGUAUUUAAUGUAUUGUAUAGACUAACUAAUUUACUUCAUUAUGUUUGUUUCGUUUAUAUGUUA